AUGCAGACGUUCGUGGUCUUAUGCCACACUUUGACAAUCGCGAUAUUCUUAACAUUUUUCUUCUUCGCUUGUGCCCUACCUGUAUUCUGGCCGCUGUUAUUCCCCUACCUAGUUUAUAUUUCACUUUUUUCAUCGUCUGCAACGUCUGGAACGUUGAGUGGGCGUAGCAAUUUCAUGCGUUCGCUCCCGAUAUGGUCACUUUAUGCCUCUUAUUUUCCUGCUUGCUUGCAUCGCUCUGAAGCGCUACUUCCAACACGCAAAUAUAUAUUCGGCUACCACCCACAUGGCAUAAUUUCUCACGGUGCAUUUGCAGCAUUUGCUACUGAAGCGCUCGGAUUUUCGAGGUUGUUUCCGGGAAUCACAAACACCUUACUUACCCUUGAUUCGAAUUUUCGAAUUCCGUUCUACAGAGAAUAUGCUCUUGCCAUGGGACUCGCCAGUGUUUCCCGGGAGUCUUGUGAAAACCUACUGUCUAAAGGUGGUGCUGACGGGGAAGGCAUGGGCCGCGCGAUUACAAUUGUCAUUGGUGGGGCUCGCGAAUCCCUGGACGCUUUACCUCACUCUCUGCGCCUUGUUUUAAAGUGCCGCAAAGGAUUCAUAAAGCUAGCAAUUCGCACCGGUGCUGAUCUUGUGCCAGUACUUGCUUUCGGCGAAAACGAUCUCUAUGAGCAGGUGCGAUCAGAUCAGCAUCCCAUUAUACACAAGCUUCAAAUGCUCAUUAAGCGUACGAUGGGGUUCACGAUCCCGCUCUUUCAUGCUCGUGGGGUUUUCAAUUACGACGUGGGACUGAUGCCUUAUCGACGUCCAUUGAAUAUUGUCGUUGGCAGGCCUAUUCAAGUCGUUCAACAGCGUGACAGAGAUAAGAUCGACGAAACGUACAUUGAUGGCCUUCAUGCCAAGUAUAUACAAGAGCUUCGACGGUUGUGGGAGCAAUACAAAGAUGUCUUUGCGAAGGACCGAAUCUCUGAAAUUGAGAUAGUUGCGUGA